GACCAUUCCAGUGGCGACUGUCAAGAUUGGCAAAGAGCUCUGCUUGCUGCCGUGCAGGUAUAGAACAAGCGACGCCGAAAGGAAACAUUUAUCCUCAGAAGAAAGCAAACAGUGGGAUGGGAACUGGCCGACCGCGCCAAGCUUUUCACGCGAAGCAAGCUUUAAGGCGACGUGUUUAAGUUUGUGCAAGACGGGAGCGAAAAGAAGCGUGUGGGAAGAAGUACUGUUGUGUCAACCGUCGUUUGUCUCGCGGGCACGCUUCCCCACAGCAGCAACUUGAGACAGCUGCGUGCUUUCCAGCCAGCCAUCAACAAAGAAUGAAAGCAUUCAAGCGAACUUCGGAAGAAGAGCGUCACACGGAGCAGGAGCAGUCUUCCGCCAUGUCCGACAGUGAUGACGGCUCCCCCCUCGACCUGUCAGGAAGGGGACUCUUCGGGAAGCGCCGUCGCCGUGGCAACCUGCCCAAAGAGGCGGUGCAGAUUCUCAGGAGCUGGCUGUACGAGCACCGCUUCAACGCCUAUCCCUCGGAACAGGAGAAACUCAGUUUGUCCAGCCAGACCAACCUGUCCGUGCUGCAGAUAUGUAACUGGUUCAUUAAUGCACGUCGCCGUCUCCUGCCUGACCUGUUGCGAAAAGAUGGCAAAGACCCCACCAAGUUCACCGUCUCCCGCAAGUUGAGCGGCAAGAGCGAAGGCCACUCGUCCACCGGCGGUGGCGCAAGCUCCCCUGAGAGUCACUCGUCCGCCAGCUCCACUCAACAGCGCCCCUCUGUCAUCUGCUCGGCCCCCACGCUGGACCUCGGCGUCCUCGGCAACACCGCCACAGCUAUUCUGACCGGAGCGGGCUAUCCCGGGAAGGACAGCUCGGUUCAGGCGCUGAUGAAGCUUGACACGCAAAGACUGCUGAGGGAGGCCGAGGAGCAAGGAGCAACGACGAGCCCAUCCGGCGGCCUCUUCAACACCCCUCCCCCAACACCCCCUGAGCUCAUGCCCACUCAAGAUUUUAGCGAUCUGAGGCUUCUGGUUGAUGCGGCACUGCAGAGGGCCGCCGAGCAGGAGAAGCUCAGCCGCAUCCAGGAGAACACCAGCAUUCUGAGAGAGACUGAGAAGGUAGAGUCGCAGGGUAGCUCUUACGCUAGCGACAUGGGCCCCACACCUCCUCCUGAAGACCGCCAGCAAGUCUUGGACCCUUGCAGGGUCCAAAGUCUGAUGGAAAAGGCCAUGGCGGUGUCUGUGGCAGCCAGAGUUCCAGAUACUCCUCAGUCUUCUGCCACAACUGCACCAGCUUCAGUCCUGGUCUCAGCCCCCAGGUUGUCAGCCAUGCCCGUGACCAAAGUCAUUUGGAGUCCAUUGGAGGACUGCAAGCAGUCACCGCUCAUCCCAGCUCACGUGCCAACCUUGGUGCCCGUGUACGGGCAGCCCAAAUCAGAGAAGCCUUGCGUCGAUCCAGAUCCGACGGCAGCCUCAAAUAAUCCUCUAGUGCCUGUGACCAGGCCAUUCUGGGUCCCAGCUACGGGUUCUACCUCCACCACAAGCCAGGUCUCCCCAGCAGCCGUCACUCUGGUGCCAGCCGCUCCCACUCAAAGUGUCUCGGCGUUCACAGGCCCGCUUUACAUGCCCUUCCACAAAACCCACAUCUUCCCCUUCGUCUCAUCGGCGUCGCCUCCCCCUCUCCCCUCACCGGUCGCUACCUCCGACCAGGCUCCAUCUCAGCUCCUCAAAGCGUCGAGUUCAACGGUCACACCUCUGCUGGGCCUCCCCCCACACCUCGCCGCGGCGCCCAGCAGCGGCGGAGGGGGCGGCUCCCAGAGAAACUCGCCAGUGGUGCCCAAUAUGUGGAGCAUGGUCCACGCCGACGCCAGGCAGCCCAGCCCCCUGCAAGUAGUAAACGCGCCCAUCACAAGCGCACUGUGGGGCCCGCAACACACGGCCUGCACACAGUGAGCGGAACGCAGGUGCUCACCUUUUAUAGGGGGCACGAGUGGGACAGACUGCUAAAAAAUUUAAAUAAUCACCACUCCGCAUCGAAUUGACGCAUGUGCCUGUGAAAUACAGGACUUUUAUUUCAGAUCCAUGAUUUUUGUUUUGAAUAGCUGCCGGUUCAAGUAUUUUUUAAGGGAAAGUCAAGUUACAAAUAUUUUCUACAAUAUGUUCUACGUACAAUAUUAAUUAAGCAUCAAAAUCCGGGAGGUGGCCAUUUUGAUACACGCUAUCAGCUGGCAAUGACAUGGGUUGCGUCGUGUGACGUUUGCAGGCCGAAUUUUUACGUUUCGGGCGACAGCAAGUGGCAAAAUGGUCCCACCCCAAGAUGCCCCAAAACAGAUAGGUUUUGUUGUUUCAUUAAUCAUCUACGAACGCAAUAAUGAUCAGAGUGCUGUGUUUGUAAAGCAAAUGUUUAACUUGGCUUCCUCUUUAAGUGCUUUAAAAUCACGCAGCCGCUGUUAGCAACACUCUGAGCAUUCCAUUCAGUGCACAAAAAUGAGUAGCGUGUGGUUUGCGAUGCCUUCGGUAGCAAUCUUUCUCGAAUGUAUAAAAGCUGUUCAAACACGUUCCAGGGGUUAGUUACACUUGUUUUUACUCAAUGUUACACUAACAACAUAGUCCUCGUUUUUAUAAUUUAAAUGAUCCUCAUUGGCUUAUUUUUGUUCUCUUACGGAGGUAAACUGGAGUAAAUGGUGUCUCUCUUCAGUAAUGCUGUACCAUUUAUAUCUUGUUCCACAGUCACCAUGUCUGUAUUUUAUAGCCAAAGGAUAUUUUUUUUGCGUGUGCUGUUUGAUGACGACGAUGAGUUCUCGUCCAUUCCAACAGUAUUGCCAUUGAGCCUGUUACUGAAGUCGAUGACGGUAUCGUGUGGCGGCUUGAUGACAUCAUGCUUAUCUUGCAGCUCGGUUACAUUUGGCACCUUUUUUGUCUGAGGCAAUUGACACAAGAACGGAUCUUCUUGAGACCAUUUGUUUCUACUUGGCCAAAGUUGAACGUCACAGCUGACAAAUGUUUAUUAAGGCAUAUUGCAUAUAUCACCCCCCCCCCCCCCACUCAUCUGUGGUUUAGUAAUGUCCAGUCAUUCAUGAAAUUGUAGUUUCCAUGAAACUGUCUUUAGAAUAACUGCAAUAUAUUUGUGCGACUGAAUGUCGACAUCAUAGAGAUACUGUAGCGGAAUUGUGAGGUUCCUGUUUACCAGAGUCCUUGAACAUUUGGCCAGUUUGUACCAUUAUGUACGUUGCAUGUGCUGAAAGAUGAAUUACUUUUUUUUAUUUUUUAUUUUGCCUAUCCAGUUCCUUCUCGCUGUUUUUUCACAUUGAAUCUCAUUCCGCUGUUCUUUUCAGGUUUGCCCAUGUUGUCAAUGGAUGUGCAUGUAUACCUCAUUUUACACAGGUCACGCCAGGAUUAGGUUUUGCGUAGCGAACUAAGUAUUAAAGUAGUAUUUUAUUUUUUAUUUUUACUACUACAUGGAUGUGGCUUGUGAUUCCAGAGAUGUCUGGUCAAAAGAAUUAGAUGAACAGGUUUUAGAUAGCAUGAUUUUGUAUGUUUUAGAUGCUUGACAUUCCAGUUGGAGAAAGUUGUUUUUGUAUGUAAAUAUUUUCAAGGUCAAGGCGUUUUAGUUUGGUAAUGACAUAUUUAUCUCAAACAUUGUCAUUUCCUCACUGCCCAACCCAUUCAGAAAAUCUUAAUGAUGUUCCUGACCGUUAGCAGUAUGACGGGUUUCUGUGCCUUAAACCCCGUUUUGUUUUUCUUUUAUACAUAUAAAUGAGCUCAAUAGUUGGUGCAAUAUAUGCCUUAAACUUUGUGUGUUUUGUAUCAGCGUUUCAAAGAAAUAAAAGCUCAGUUUUUCAUAAAUCA